CCUCUUCCGUCCUCUUGCCAUUCCAUCUUCCCGAACACCGAAUUCAUUUCGCAUUCGAUUUACCUGCCACAAUGUCUCUCCUCGGAAAGAAGUUCCCCGGCGCUCUGGCCAAGCCUUUGACUCCCUUCUUCGCUGCCGGCCUCAUUGUUCUCUACGGCGUCAACUCUCUCCAGAACACUCUGUCCAACACCGCCGAGUUCAAGAACGACCCCCGCAACCCCAACGCUAAGCCCGCUGGCAAGGCUGAUCACUAAAUUCGGUCGACAAUGAAUGGGCUUUGAGAUCCCGCUUCCUUGUGUGAAAGAGGAGCGGGCGGAAACCGUCGCGAUGUGUGUGCGGGCGGAGAUGGUCUAGGUCAUCACGGACCGGCUUGCAUUUACUGUGAUUCCUCUGCGGGCAGUUUGCCCCUUUCCGAGCAUAUAGAUCAUACCCUCGAUGGGGGGUGACUUGGAUCAAUUCACAAGCUGUACCAGUACCAUUCCGGCAAGGAUUGCCUCUUUUUU